AUGCACGGAGGAGAUCAUUUUCCGCUACAAAAGAGAUCCUCAAAGCAAGAUGACGAGUUCCCAUACCAAAACAUCCGCUUGCCAAAAAAUAUUAAACCCAAAACCUACAAAGUUUACAUCAAAACAGAGCUACCAGACAACUUUGACUUCAGUGGUCGAGUCGAGAUCGAAAUAAAGUGCAUUAAAGCCACCAAAUAUGUGAUCCUACAUUAUAAGAAACUAGUAAUCAAGAGCUACCAACUACUGAAUUCUCGGGGACGAGAGGUUAGAGUCAUGAGAAUGUUAAAGAACGAAGCAAAUGAACAGAUUUUGCUGGAAGCGAAAAAUGAUCUUGGAGAAGGGAGUGAAUACAAGAUAAAAAUCUCGUUUGAGGGUCAGCUCUCUGAAAAGAAUGUUGGAUUCUAUAAGAGCUCAUAUAAGACGGCGAGUGGAGAAACACGAUACCUUGGUGCGACUCAGUUCCAACCUACUGACGCAAGAGCUGCAUUCCCAUGCUUCGACGAGCCUGGAUUCAAAGCAGUUUUUGAGAUAACCAUCGAACAUAAAGAAGAAAACAACGCUAUCUCCAACAUGCCUGUCAAAAGCCGAACAGAAAGCAACAACGGUUUUGUGGUCACUAGCUUCGAGCGUUCGGUCAAGAUGAGCACGUAUCUUGUAGCGUUCGUCGUUUCGGAUUUUGAAUCCAGAUCCGCUCGAACAACCGCUGGUACUCAGAUCCGAGCUUGGACCUCUAGAGACAAUUUACCGAAUACCGAAUUUGUGCUGGACGUCGCCAAGAAAGUGCUGACAUACUUUGAAGAAUAUUUCAAUAUUCCUUUUCCUCUUCCAAAGCUUGAUCUGGUUGGUGUGCCAGACUUUCUUGCCGGUGCAAUGGAAAACUGGGGACUUAUCACAUACCACGAAGGGUUCUUCUUAAGUAACGAGGCUUCAGCUACCGCCAAUAGCAAGUAUUGGAUUGCUAUAGUUACUUCUCACGAAUUGGCCCAUCAGUGGUUUGGAAACCUCGUGACGAUGAGAUGGUGGAACGACUUGUGGUUGAAUGAAGCUUUCGCUAACUAUAUGAUGUACUUGGGUGUAGAUCACUAUGCAAAGAGCUGGAAAGCGUUCGACCUUUUCGUCAUGGAGACACAACAAUCGGCCCUACAAGAAGACAGCCUGGCAACCACCCAUACAGUCUCUGUAGAAGUAACCAAUCCAAGCCAAGUUAACGAGAUCUUCGAUGCGAUUUCAUAUAAUAAGGGUUCAUCUGUUCUUCAAAUGUUAAAAACCGUUCUCGGGGCUGACGUCUUCAAGAAAGGCUUGGAGAAAUACUUGAAAGAAAAUCAGUACGACAAUGCUGAGGUAGAUGAUCUGUGGAAAUCGCUUACCGAGGUGGCGAGAGGCAUUGAUGUCAAGACUGUCAUGGAUACUUGGAUCUACCAAAAAGGUUACCCAGUAAUCGAAAUCAAAAAGGAUGGAAACAGCCAAACCAGAAAGACUGCAACACAAACCAGGUUCCUGAAUGGUUUGAACCCAUCUGAUGAAGGAUAUGAAGAAGAAGCUAGAGGAUUAGAGUGGUACGUGCCAUUGACCUCAGUGACAUCAAAAUUCCCCAACAAUCCAACUACGACAUGGAUGAAUAAAACUUCAGCGACUUUCGAUGUCCCGUCUGGUGUGAAGUGGAUCAAAGCAAACUACUUGCAAACCGGUUUUUAUCGAGUCAACUAUGACGAACAGAACUGGAGAAACCUUAUUCAACAACUCAAGGACGAUCACGAGGUCUUCGAGUCCACAGAAAGAAGUGGACUAAUUGAUGACGCUUUCAAUUUAGCAAGAUGUAAGCUGUUAGAUAUGGAUAUUGCACUUGAUAUAAAUUCUUACCUCGGUAAUGAGAGAGAUUACAUCCCAUUUGCUUCCUCGGUCAAAAACUUGAAUUACAUUGGAAACAUGCUUGGUUUGAGACUGGCUCACAUUAAAUUCCAGAAAUAUAUGAGACAGUUGAUGAAACCUCUGCUGAGGUACGUUGGAUGGGACAACAGCGGCAAUUUGCUGAAAAGCAAUCUACGCCAAACUGUUCUUUAUAUUUUGGGUUACCAUGGUGAUAAGGAAGUUGUCGCUGAGAGUCUUAAGAGAUUCCGCGCCUGGAUGAGAGACGAGACAAARACCAUUGCUGCACACUUGCGGACUCCUGUGUACCAAACAGCAGUGACCCACGGAGGAGAACCAGAAUGGGAGUUCUUGUGGGGCCAGUAUCAAACCUCCAUCGAUCCCACUGAAAAACAAACCAUAGUGAAUGCUCUCUCUAGCGCGCUAAAUAUUAAUCUUAGAAAGAGACUUCUAAGGUACUCGUYGGAUGACAACAAGAUCAAGACUCAAGAUGUGAGUACGGUAAUAAAUAAAGUUGCGGGGCAUGCGUAUGGCAGAACUCAUACGUGGGAGUUCUUUAAGGACAACUUCAAUAAGAUUAUUGACAGAGUUGGACGGGAUGACCAAUUUAGCAUUGAUAGCAUGCUAAUGGCGGUGGCAAAAGACUUCAACGAGGAAUCUCAGCUUCGCGAAUUUGAAGCCCUGGUUGAGCAGCAUCGGGAUUUCCUUGGUGAGAUGCGAAUUGUCAAACAAGUUAAGGAGACCAUUCGUACCAACAUCGCGUGGAUGAGAGACAACGAACAGAAGGUUUCAGAUUUCCUGAUAAGAAGAACAACUGAACUAGAAGAAGUAAGGCAGAGGGAGGAAUUCGUUUACCUGUCGUUUACCAGAAAUUCUGCCAAGAUUUCUCCAAGAUCGACGUCGUGUAAAACGUUUCCUAACAUGGCUAAUCAAGGGAGAAAAAGCGUUUGCAGUCAACGAUGGUUCUUUAUUUCAUUAGUUCUUGUGAUAGCCAUCGGAGGAAUGACUUUGUUUGUCUGUACCGCAGUGAUGUCUAGCUCUCAAAAAGACGUCUCUCUGUACAAAAGAGCAGCUCUUUACAUCAAGGAAAAUGUCCAGUCGACAUUUCAGUCUUCAAUCAAGACCAUCAAGAAUACCUUCCAACGAAAAGAAAGAUCUGUGAAGGUGAACGAAUUCCCCUACAAAAAGAUUCGUCUGCCAAAAGAUAUUCUUCCUUCAACAUACAAACUAUACCUUCGACCAGAUUUGUCUUCAACCUUCGACUUUAAUGGAAGCGUUUCCAUCGACAUUACAUGUGUCAAACCUACCAAAUACGUUAUCUUACAUCAAAAGAAACUGGAUAUUAAGAACUACAAGCUUCUGGAUUCUUCAAACAAGGAGGUCAAGGUAUUGCGAAUGUUGCAGAACAAAGCAAAUGAACAGUUUUUAUUGGAAACACAGGAUAAUCUUGAGCCGGGGAAAAGUUACACAGUAAUGCUAACGUUCACUGGUAAUUUGAUAUCGAACAAAAUGGCGGGAUUUUAUAGGAGCUCUUACAAGACUAAGAAAGGCGAAACCAGAUAUUUAGCAACAACGCAGUUUGAGUCAACAGACGCUAGAGGCGCCUUCCCUUGUUUCGAUGAACCAGAAUUUAAAUCUGUGUUCUACAUAACCAUUGCUCACAAGAAGAACUUUAGGGCUAUAUCCAACAUGCCGAUCAACAAGCGAGUCAAAGUCGCAGACGACUACGUGGAAAGUAAUUUCAAGCCGAGCGUUAAGAUGAGUACUUAUCUGGUUGCGUUUAUUGUGUCGGAUUUUAGAUUUACUUCCACGAAAACGAAAAGAGGAACGAAGAUUCGUGUGUGGGCCUCCAAGGAUAACCGAGAGCACACGAAGUUUUCAUUGCGUGUGGCCAAAAGCGUAUUGUCGUACUACGAAAAGUUUUUCAACAUUCCCUAUCCUCUUCCAAAGAUCGACUUGAUAGCCGUGCCUGAUUUUGCGGCUGGUGCUAUGGAGAACUGGGGCCUAAUGACCUUCAGAGAGAAUUACCUACUAAGUAACAGGGCUUCGUCUAGUGCAGCAGACAAACAAAAUGUUGCUUUAGUGGUGUCGCAUGAACUCGCUCAUCAGUGGUUCGGUAACCUUGUGACCAUGAAAUGGUGGAAUGAUUUGUGGUUAAACGAAGGGUUUGCCAACUAUGUAGAGUACAUUGGUACGGAUCACUACGCUAGAGGUUGGAAAGUGCUUGAUCAGUUUGUGACAGAUACCCAUCAGACUGCUCUACAAGUGGACAGUAUGCAAGAGACACAUCCCAUCUCUGUACCAGUAACUCACCCACGCGAGAUUACCGAGAUAUUCGACGCCAUAUCAUAUAAUAAGGGAUCUUCUGUGAUUCGCAUGUUGAGAGGUUUUCUAGGAGACAAAGCGUUCAAAAAAGGGUUGACGCGCUAUUUAAACAAACACAGAUAUGGCAACGCAGAGGCAGAUGAUCUGUGGGCAGCGCUCAGCACUGUAGCCAAAGGUAUCGACGUCAAAGCCAUCAUGGACACUUGGAUCAAACAAGAAGGUUACCCAGUCAUUGAAAUCAAGGACACCUACCAACAGAAGAGAGGUGGAGCUACGACUAAGAUGGCAACACAGAAUAGGUUUUUUAGGGACAUUAACCCAUCGGAUAAACGAUACAAUGACAAGGCAAAGGGUUUUUCCUGGAUCGUACCUCUUUCUUACGUGACAGCAGAUGCUGCAGACAAACCUGUAACCAUCUGGAUGAACAAAACCUCAGCACCACUGCAUGCAUCGUCUGGAGGUCAAUGGAUCAAAGCUAACGUAGGGCAGAUGGGAUACUAUCGAGUAAACUACGACCAGGACAACUGGAACAAACUGAUCAAACAACUGAACGACGAUCACUUGGUACUCCAACAAACUGACAGAAGUGGUUUAAUAGACGAUUCGUUUAACCUUGCAAGAGGAGGCUAUCUUGACUUAAAGACUGCCUUGGAAUUAACAUCUUACCUCGACAAGGAGAGAGACUACAUCCCUUGGACAACAGCUCUGUCCAGCCUUGGAUUCAUUGGAUCUCAAUUGAGUAUGAAGCCUGCUUUUUCGAACUACAAUAAAUACAUAAGAGCCAAAGUCAAGCCAUUGGAAGAGUAUGUCGGAUGGGAAGACAAGGGCGAUAUCCUUAAAAAGUACCUUCGCAGUAGUGUCUUGUCGUCUCUAGCCAGCCAUGGAGAUAAAAGUACCUUGGAUGCUUGCAUAGCAAAAUUCCAAAAAUGGAUGCAAGAUGACAAGUUCACCAUUGAAACCCACAUUCGUGGCGUUGUUUAUCACACGGCCAUCAAAUAUGGAGGCGAAGAUGAAUGGGAAUUCUUAUGGAACAAAUACGAAAAAUCCAUCGACCCGACAGAAAAAUCCCGAAUGUUGCAUGCUUUAAGUGGUACACGAGAGGUGCCUCUUCAAGCCAGGUAUCUUCAGUACACAUUGGAUGACAGCAAAAUCCGCGCACAAGACAUCACAAGUGCCUUAUCCUACAUGUCUGGUCACCCUUACGCAAGACUCCUGGUGUGGGACCAUUAUAGACAAAACUUUGACAAGAUCAAUGAAAGGAUUGGCAACGACCCUAUGGAACUCGGUUAUAUGAUCUCAGCUAUGACACGCGCAUUUAACGAAGAGUUUCAUCUUAAACAGGUGUUGGCGUUUGUCGAUGAACACAAAGACGUCCUCGGUUCACUGAGAGCUACACGAAAAGCCAUCGAACAAAUCCGCUCCAAUAUGGCCUGGGUAGAAGCUAACGAGAAAGUCGUUACCGAAUGGUUAGAAGGCAAAGUUAAAGCCAUAAAAGAAUAAGCCUGGCUUGAAAUACCACCUUUGAACUCAGCUCUGACUCCUUUGAACUCAGCUCUGACUGGGUUCGCUUUAUGGUUUUAAAAACCUACGAGUACGAGGUUACAACAAAACCUCGAGGGGGAGGGGGACAGUGCGAUAACAAGCACUACCUCAAUUUAUUUGCGACGCGAACAACAUGGCAACUUGUAUUGAGAAAAAAAACAAACAAAAUACAUAGCUAUCGUGUUAAAAGUAUACAUCCUCCGACGGAGGUAUUCUUCUUUCGCUGUAAACUAUAUUCUUUCAGUUCGUAAUUUGUUUUCUUUUUACUGUUUUGUUGUUGUUUUUAGUUUUGUUAUCGGAAUGGCUGAAUCGAUGAAACUCGCCGUAUUUACUUUCAAAACAUGUAUUUAUAUUCCUCUAGGUGUAAACCUCAUAAUAAAGUUCAUGUUGAAAAAU